AGUACAACAGGUGAUCGGAAAAUGUAGAAGUACCUAAAAAAAACAGAAACUAAUAACUUUCGUUCAACUCGCGAUUUUCUUUUUCUAUCCGCACUUAAUCGGUCCCCACAGUGGAGCGGAAAGUUAAGUGACUACAGGAAGGUAUGAUUUGGCAAGGAUGAAAACAAAGGCGCCCGUUUAGUGAUUCCGUGCAGUUUCGCAAACAUUCUAAGCAAUAACCGUUCAUUUCACAAAAUUUUCAAUCGCAAUUCAUGAACCACACGGGGAGGCGACUAUCAACAUCCAGGAGGCUCCAUCACAACUGGUUGAUGUAAAUUACUACAAGAACAAGAUCAAGGCACACCGGGACCAGCAUUCUAGGAUUUAAACAACUAAUGACAUUGUAUCAGGUUACGCUGCCGGAAGCCCAGUUUUACUCCGUGCAUGGAUUGCUUGGCGGAGGAGGCAGCAUUAAAAUGUAUGAUAUGAUAAAAUGAUUGGAAUCAUUAACGGAUUCUGCAACCUUGAGUACAAUCCUGGAAAAUAUUGCUCAAUUCGAUUUCGAGAUGACACGUACUCAACGAAACAAGCCCAUGGCAGGCCAUUUGGGUAUGCUGAAGGAACUAAACUGCACCGAGAAAUAAACACCCUCGAAGGUGGCGCCGGAGCACCCGAGCAGGGUUUCGAAGCCUCCAGAAUCGGAAACGCUCGGAUCGGGUGUUCUUCGGUGGGGAACUCGGCAUUGCUUUCUGACUGCACCAUGGUCACGACGAUCUCGGAUUUAUUCAGCAUUAGGACGCUUGAAUCAAAAUUCGGAAUACCAUCGGAACUGCCCCUUGGGAGGGUGCAAGGAUGCGAUCGUCUCCAAAAACCGGACCAGCUUUUUCGGCGACUGGACAUCUCGAGUACCGCAGACCGCGGAAAGACGAAUUAGUGGGCCAAAGGCGAUUCCUAAUCGCAAACCGGUUGGCAUCGAUGCAGGAGGAACUUCUUUUAACAAGUUGAAGUGAUGGUAGUUAGUAUAAAAAGCAGGCAAAUAUA